UCAUUAUUUCUACCCCAAGGAAAUGUAAUCACUUUGGAACAAUUGCCCAGACAUUGCCCCCUUUGGAGGAGGUAUGCUCUCUCUCUCACACGACCCACUUCAAACAUUUAGUUUACUUGUCUGGUUCUUGUAAACAUUUGAGGUUUUUACCCAUCCCUUAAAGUAGGUGGGAGUAGAUAUUGGAAAGAGUCAACCAUGGCCUGGAUCUAUGGUCCUUCUGAGGAAAUCCUUGCCCAAGUGAGCCAGUGGGCAAGGAAUUGACUAUUUCUCAGGACCCUUUCAGUGUGAUAGAAGUAGCAGCUAGCCUGGUAGAUGGCAGAGGAAUGGGACUGAGAGAGACGAGUGUUUAUCUGGCUUCUCUAGAAGAAAUGGACUUCGGCCUGGAUUCUUGGUGUGGGUAUAAAAAUGAAGUUAACAUUGUUUAUUUUAUAUCCUGUAUUUCUGUUGGUUUUGUCAUCCGAUAAACAUAGAUGUUAAAAAAGAUGUAAAAUCUUCUACCUUGUGUCUCUCUAACCAUUAUUUCCCUAUUUAAUACUCCCUUGAAUAAUCAUUAACUGUGAACUUUGAUAUUUCUGAUAUUGUUACAUACACACACAUACACACACUUUAGACAUACUUACACACAACCUGGCUGCUAGUCCCUUUUCCUCCUCUUGGUAUGCACAUCUUUCCAUAUCAUUUCUUAUGGAUCAGCCUCACUAUUUCUCCUGGAUGUGUAAUUCCAUAGUAUAGAUUGGUGAUAAUGCCUUAGCCAAACUAGGGGACAUUUCAAUUGUUGCCUUGUACAUACAUCCUUUCAUUCUUCUUGGGGGUAUACUGGUAGAGAAAAUUUCUAUAAGUGGAAUUGCUGAAUCGAAGCACCUGCACAUCUUCAAUUAGUAAGUAGGGCCAUGCUACUAUCCAGAAAAGGAUUAUGCAAGUGUGUACUCCCAUAAACAGUCUAUGAAGGGUUUUUUCUUUCCUAACGCUAUAGAUUUUUCAUCUUUUAAAAUCUAGCCUAAGAUUUUGCCACCCUGAGAGUUUAAAACAAAAAAACAUAGUAACUAAUUAUUUUAGUGUGACAGGUUUACCGUUUAAGUCCUUUUCUAGAUGGAAAGCAAUUUUAUUUUGAUAAGCAAAAGACUAUUCCUGAAAUGUGUUAAAGCCAGUACAUUUUUAAUAUAUAUUUGGUAAAUGUAUGUAAAAUAUUGAUGAAGUGUUCUAUAUUUUUUGAAUAUCUGGCAGAAAGAGCCAUAUUAAAACAUGAAAGUCAUUAUUCACAUUUUUGAAAUGAUUUUUAUGCUUUACAGAGGGAUUUAGCAUAGUAUAUCUUUAACAAACACAUCAUUCUAAUUUGUUUUAAAUAUUCAUAUUUCUGAAUUUUCUGGUAUUAAAUUUUUGCUCAUUUAUCAAAGCAGUACAGAAUAUAUGUCUAAUGUAUAAAUAGUCUCUAUGUAGGUCAUAUAUUGGUAAUUCUUACUCUAUGUUGCCUUGGAUUAUAGAAAAUAAUUCUUUCUCAUUGAUGCCUAAAUUUGACCAGUAUUUCACUUGCACAAUUUUAAUUUAGCCAUUUUUUAGUUUAGGUUUCAUUUUCUCUUUAGUGUCCUAUUUUUUUGAGUGGGACAUCUAGUGGCAAACCAGGGAAAUGAAGGCUAUCAAAUAGCACAUAGUAAAAAUUGUUUCCUUAGUGUACCUAUAAAGAAUGAGGUUUAUCUGUAUUAUUGAAUAUAGCAGAUGUUUCGGUUGGUAUGUUGUAUAUAUGUGCAUAAAUUUAUAGAGACUACCAUACAUAGAUACAAGUAUACAUUUUUAUUAAGUGUAAGGUAAUGUAGGUAAUAUCAUUGGGAAAGUAAUUUUCUUUCCUUAUAUAUAAUGUACACAUUUUGCAUUAUAUGAGCAUUCAACAAGAGUGGCUUAGGGUUUAGAACAACAAAACCACAUUUGAUUCAAAAUAAAUCAGACUUUCAAGAUGUAAGAUUUUUGUUAGACCUGAACAUGUAAAGUCAAUAUUUAGCAAUAAAGACCCCUGCGUGUAGAAUUCUAGAAAGGGCACAGACUCCAAAGCUAGACCUGGUGUGAAUUCUUGACUCUGCUAAUUAAGCGUGUAACUUUGAGCAAGUAACAACCUCUCUGAGCCUUACCUCUAAGAAGUAGUAGUAGUAUUUACCAGGCAAGCUGUUGUGUGGAUUAGCAGUGCUGUUUCUGAAGAAGCUGGCACGAAUAAAUGAAUAGUGGCUGCUGUUUACUGUUAUUAUUGACAUCUUGUUAUAAAAUGUUAAUAAUGCCUAGUAGAAUAGCUGUGAUUAAAUAAUAACUACAUAUGUGUAUAAAAUGUGUAAUGAUGCAUUUAACUUGUCGAUAAAAUAUUAAUUAUAUAAAUAUAUAUUGUUCAGCUCUUUUUGUGUUUGUUUACGUAGAGGCACUUAUAGAUAAAGAUUUGUAAGAAAGAGGCAGAGAGAGGAGGAGUGGAAAGAGUACUGCGCCAGGGAGUUCCAGGACUUAGGUUUCAGUCGUAUCUCUGACACUCACUUCACACUUCCUUUAAGAAAUCAUUGUUGUUAAACACAUAGACUCAGCGUUGGGUUUUUUCUUAUCUUAGUGUUUUCUCGCUCAAUUUAAUGUAUAAAAUGAAUCUAUCCCCGUGCAGUCUUUAUCCUCAUUAUCAAAGAUCAACUUCAGGAUUACACUCAUCCCCAUUCAGACACCUGUUUAAUCCUAAACACGUUACAUUUUACACACACACACACACACACACACUUACUUUCCUGUACUCAAAAAUUAAUGAGGAGACAUUGAAGAUCAACAAGAAGGUGUAUAGUUACCUCUGGUACAUGGGUGCUAAUGGUCUAUAUUGGUCUUCAGUUCUUUUUGCCAUUUGUCAGUUGUACCAUGUUGAAAUUAAUCUUUCUAAUUCUGUGGAACACCAGUGAUUUGUGAUUGUAUGCUGUUUGUCACAUCCUUAUCUUAUAACAAAUACUUGUAGAGAUCAUGGGUAAAUUAUGUUUGUUUUAUGUAGUAAAUCAUUGUAAUGAGGUGGUAAAUUUAAACUAAAAAAAUAAGCAGUAGAUGUAAGUGCAUAAUUAAAUGAAGCAAGUUGCCUUCAUCUAGGUUAUACUUAUGCAUGCAUGACUGUUGACAAGCUUUGAGAUGGAAUGAAUUUAUAUGAAAGGAAAAAUAAUGGAGAUUUAUAGAAAACUGAGAUUGCAGAAGUUGAUUGCAAAGAUGCCCUAGAAAUGAUCUGUAACUUAGAAUCUGAGGGUGAUGAGAAAAGCGCUCUUGUUUUAUGUGCUGCGUUUUUAUCACGUCAGCUUCAACAAGGAGAUAUGUACUGUGCUUGGGAACUCACUCUCUUUUGGAGUAAAUUACAGCAAAGAGUAGAACCAUCUAUACAGGUGUACCUAGAAAGAUGUCGUCAACUUUCUUUGUUAACCAAGACGGUAUAUCACAUUUUCUUCCUGAUUAAAGUUAUUAAUUCAGAGACUGAAGGGGCUGGACUUGCCACUUGCAUAGAACUCUGUGUAAAAGCUCUUCGCCUGGAGUCUACAGAAAAUACUGAAGUGAAAAUAUCUAUAUGCAAAACCAUUUCAUGCUUGUUGCCUGAUGAUCUGGAAGUUAAACGUGCUUGUCAACUGAGUGAAUUUCUUAUUGAGCCUACAGUAGAUGCAUAUUACGCUGUGGAAAUGUUGUAUAACCAGCCAGACCAGAAAUAUGAUGAAGAGAACCUUCCGAUACCAAAUUCUCUACGCUGUGAGCUCUUACUUGUAUUGAAAACUCAGUGGCCCUUUGAUCCAGAAUUCUGGGAUUGGAAAACCUUAAAACGACAGUGUCUUGCAUUAAUGGGAGAGGAAGCAUCCAUCGUGUCUUCAAUAGAUGAACUCAAUGACAGUGAGGUUUAUGAGAAAGUAGCAGACUACCAGGAAGAGGGUAAAGAAACUUCCAUGAAUGGUGGAAUUGGUGCUAAUUCUGGCCUUCUUAGAGACAUUUGUGAUGAAAAGCAGAAAAAGAGAGAGAUAAAACAAUUAAGAGAGAGGGGAUUUAUAUCUGCUAGGUUCAGGAAUUGGCAGGCCUACAUGCAGUAUUGUGUGCUAUGUGACAAAGAAUUCCUUGGUCAUCGGAUAGUACGACAUGCCCAAAAACAUUACAAAGAUGGAAUUUACAGUUGUCCCAUAUGUGCAAAGAACUUUAAUUCUAAAGAAACUUUUGUCCCUCACGUCACAUUACACGUGAAACAAUCUAGUAAAGAGAGACUAGCAGCUAUGAAACCAUUAAGGAGGUUGGGAAGGCCUCCUAAGAUCACAGCUACCAACGAGACUCAGAAGACUAGUGCUGUGGCCAAGCAGGAGCAGCGGCCUAUCAAGAAGAAUAGUCUCUACUCAACAGACUUCAUAGUGUUUAAUGACAAUGAUGGUUCAGACGAUGAAACCGAUGACAAAGACAAAUCUUAUGAGCCAGAGGUGAUCCCAGUCCAGAAACCAGUACCUGUUAAUGAAUUCAAUUGCCCUGUAACUUUUUGUAAAAAGGGCUUUAAGUACUUUAAAAAUUUAAUUGCUCAUGUAAAGGGACAUAAGGAUAAUGAAGAUGCCAAGCGCUUUCUUGAAAUGCAAAGCAAAAAAGUUAUUUGCCAGUACUGUAGACGGCAUUUUGUAAGUGUUACUCAUCUCAAUGAUCACUUACAAAUGCACUGUGGCAGUAAACCAUAUAUCUGUAUACAAAUGAAAUGUAAAGCCGGUUUUAAUAGUUACGCAGAGCUCUUAACCCACCGAAAGGAACAUCAAGUCUUCAGAGCCAAGUGCAUGUUUCCUAAAUGUGGCAGAAUUUUUUCAGAAGCGUAUUUACUGUAUGACCAUGAAGCGCAGCAUUAUAACACCUAUACUUGUAAGUUUGCAGCUUGUGGUAAAGUUUAUCGUUCUCAGAGUGAACUAGAAAAGCAUCUGGAUGACCACAGCACUCCCGAAAAAGGGCUGCCUCCCGAAGACCAACUUAAUUCACCAGGAGAUUCUGUUCAGCCUUCCAGAGUGAGUCAGAAUGCAGAAGGGAACACUGAGGAAGAAAGAUCUGUGCUUCCUUCAGAAAAUAACAUCGAAAACUCCUUCCCAGCAGAUAGAAGUGAUGCUUGGGAUAAAAGCAAGGCAGAAUCACCCGUGGGCAAACAAGACCAGAUUUCUGCUUCGGAGCUCAGGCAAGCUGAUGGACCGUUGCCCAAUGGUUUGGGAAACCCUGCUCCUACUCCUCUGCUUCAGGCCAAUGAGGUAGCUGUGUCCAUUAAGGUGUCCCUCAAUCAGGGGAUCGAGGAUAACUUUGGAAAGCAAGAAAACUCAACUGUGGAAGGCACUGGUGAAUCACUGGUCACAAACUUACAUACACCAGUCGAAGAGCCUUGUAAUGAUUUGUGUCAUACAGGUUUCCAAGAGAGAAAAGAACAGGAUUGUUUUAAUGAAGCCCAGAUUACUCAGAAUUCUUUAGUAGAUUCAGAAGCCCUCAAAAUAGAUGACCUUACUCCACAAAACUUAGAAAGACAAGUGAACAGCCUGAUGACCUUUUCUGUGCAAAAUCAGGCAGCAUUUCAAAACAAUUUACCAACUUCCAAGUUUGAAUGUGGAGCUAAUGUUAAAACGUUGCCCAAUCUUUAUAAUGUACCUCUGAAGACAUUAGAAGGCAUCACAUUUGUUCCACCACAGCCCAACCUCAGUAACUCUUUAGAAACUCCAUCAGUGCCUCCAAAAGCGCCAGUUCAGAAGUUCAGUUGCCAGGUUGAGGGAUGUACUCGAACCUAUAACUCUUCGCAGAGUAUCGGGAAACAUAUGAAGACAGCACACCCUGACCAGUACGCAGCAUUCAAAAUGCAACGCAAAAGUAAAAGGGGUCAGAAAGCUAACAACUUAAAUACACCAAAUAAUGGAAAGUUUGUUUAUUUUUUGCCAUCACAGGUGAACAGCUCUAAUAGUGCAUUUUUUACACCACAGACCAAAGCCAACGGGAAUCCUACGUGUUCUAAUCAGUUGCAGCACGUCUCACCUUCCAUUUUCCCAGCUCAUUUAGCAAAUGUGUCAGCUCCACUGUUGCCCUCAGUGGAAAGUGUCAUAAAUCCAAAUAUACCUUCUCAGGAUAAAAAUGAACAGGGUGGUGGUAUGUUAUGUUCCCAAAUGGAAAAUUUAUCUAGUACUACCUUGCCAGCACAAAUGGAAGACCUAACCAAAACAGUUUUGCCUUUGAAUAUCGACAGCGGCUCAGAUCCUUUCCUUCCGUUACCUGCAGAAAGCAAUUCAAUGUCUCUGUUCCCUUCACCAGCAGAUAGUGGGACUAAUUCUAUUUUUUCCCAGCUGGAAAAUAAUACAAAUCAUUUUUCCCCACAGAUCGAAGGAAACACUAAUUCCUCCUUUCUAAAGGGAGGUAAUGGUGAGAAUGCAGUUUUUCCUUCACAAGUCACUGUUGCAAAUGACUUCAGCGGCACCAGUGCCCAACAGUCUGCACUGGAAAAGGUGAAAAAAGACCGUGGGCGGGGCCCAAAUGGGAAGGAAAGAAAACCCAAGCACAACAAAAGGGCUAAAUGGCCAGCAAUUAUCAGAGACGGGAAAUUUAUCUGUAGCAGGUGUUACAGGGCUUUCACUAAUCCCAGAUCUCUGGGGGGACACUUGUCUAAGCGAUCUUACUGUAAACCACUGGAUGGAGCAGAAAUUGCUCAAGAACUUCUGCAGAACAAUGGGCAGCCUUCUCUUCUUGCCAGCAUGAUUCUCUCCACAAACGCAGUGAGCUUGCAGCAGCCACAACAGUCUACCUUUAGUCCAGAAGCAUGUUUUAAAGAUCCAUCAUUCCUGCAACUUCUUGCUGCUGAAAACCGCUCCUCAACAUUUUUACCAAAUACAUUUCCUCGGACUGGUGUGACUAACUUUACUACAAGUGUUAGUCAAGAGGGAAGCGAAAUUAUUAAGCAGGCUUUGGAAACUGCCGGCAUUCCCAGUACCUUUGAGGGUGCCGAUGUGCUCUCUCAUGUCCCCACAAGUUGUGUCUCAGACCCAGCACAAGUAAAUGCAACAGUGAUGCCAAAUCCACCUGUGCCACCCGUGCUGCAGGCCGUGUGCCACGCAGGCCCCCUGCUGACAGACCAGAAUAGGACACCAAACUCCAAAACUUCCUCCAUUGAGGAAUGCAGCAGUUUGCCUGUUUUUCCAACAAAUGACUUACUACUGAAGACUGUUGAAAAUGGUUUGUGCUCUAGUUCAUUCCCUAAUUCUAGUGGGCCAUCACAAAAUUUUACCAGUAACAGUUCACGUGUUUCAGUUAUAAGUGGUCCUCAGAAUGCAAGGUCUAGUCAUUUAAAUAAAAAGGGAAACAGUGCUUCUAAGAGAAGAAAGAAAGUUGCUCCUCCGCUCAUUGCCCCUAAUGCUUCUCAAAACUUGGUAUCAAGUGACUUAACGGCAAUGGGACUUAUAGCAAAGAGUAUUGAGAUACCAACCACUAACCUUCAUUCGACUGUAAUUCCCAAUUGUGAACCUCAGGGUUUGGUGGAAAAUCUAACACAGAAAUUAAAUAAUGUUGACAAUCAGUUGUUUAUGACUGAUGUGAAAGAAAAUUUUAAAACUAAUCAUGAGUCCCAUACAGUGUUAGCUCCCUUAACAUUAAAAACUGAGAAUGGUGAUUCCCAGAUGAUGGCUUUGAAUUCAUGCACACCUUCAAUAAAUUCUGAUUUGCAGAUUUCUGAAGACAAUGUUAUACAAAACUUUGAAAAGACUCUUGAAAUUAUUAAAAGUGCUAUGAAUUCUCAAAUACUUGAGGUAAAAAGUGGAUCUCAGGGUAUUGGUGAAACAUCACAGAAUGCUCAAAUAAAUUAUAACAUUCAGCUUCCUUCAGUAAACACUGUACAAAAUAACAAACUAUCUGAUUCUUCUCAGUUUUCCACCUUCAUAGGCGUCAUGCCCACAAAAAGUAACAUUCCUCAGUCUGACGUAUUACAUAAGGAGGAUCAGAUACAGGAGAUUUUAGAAGGCUUACAGAAAUUAAAAUUAGAAAAUGACCUGUCCACUCCAGCGCCCCAGUGUGUACUGAUAAAUACAUCAGUGACGCUAACUCCCACGCCUGUUAAGUCAAUUCCAGGUGUUACAGUUGUUCAACCAGUUUCUGAAAUGAUAAGCAACAUUCAGUUUAAUGACAGAGUUAAUAAACCCUUUGUGUGUCAAAACCAAGGCUGUAAUUACAGUGCGAUGACGAAAGAUGCACUGUUUAAGCACUACGGUAAAAUUCAUCAAUACACUCCAGAGAUGAUUCUUGAAAUUAAGAAGAAUCAAUUGAAAUUUGCUCCAUUUAAAUGUGUAGUACCUACAUGUACAAAGACAUUUACAAGAAAUUCUAAUCUCCGGGCACACUGUCAGUUGGUACAUCAUUUUACAACAGAAGAAAUGGUAAAGUUAAAAAUAAAAAGGCCUUAUGGAAGAAAAUCUCAAAGUGAAAAUUCAUCAGCCCCACGAAUUACACAAGUGAAAAGACAGCUAGCUAUGACAGAGCAAAAUAAAAAGGAAUUCCAGCCUGCUUUAGAAUUGGGAGCAAUGAAAGAAAAUACCCUCAGUAAUAUAGCAGUGAUCCCAGAAAAACAACUUAUAGAAAAAAAAAAUCCUGAGAAAACAGAAAGUGCUUCACAAGUGAUUACAAUUCCUUCAGAACAGUGUAAUACAGAUUCUCUCACAAAUGGACAAACCAAAGGACGGAAAGUUAGGAGACAUAAAAAAGAAAAGGAGGAGAGAAAACGCAAGAAACCAGUUUCUCAAUCCCCUGAGUUUCCCACAAGGUACAGUCCCUACAGACCUUAUCGAUGUGUCCAUCAGGGUUGCUUUGCCGCCUUUACGAUACAGCAGAAUUUAAUUCUGCACUACCAGGCUGUGCACAAGUCAGAUCUCCCUGCCUUUUCUGCAGAGGUUGAAGAGGAAAGCGAAGCUGGGAAAGAAAGUGAAGACGUUGAAGCUAAACAAACCGUGAAAGAAUUUCGAUGUCAGGUGAGUGACUGUUCUCGAAUUUUCCAAGCAAUCACUGGCCUAAUCCAGCACUACAUGAAACUUCACGAGAUGUCUCCUGAGGAAAUUGAAAGUAUGACCGCUUCUGUGGAUGUUGGGAAAUUUCCGUGCGAUCAGUCAGAGUGUAAAUCUUCAUUUACCACAUAUUUGAACUAUGUUGUUCAUCUUGAGGCAGACCAUGGGAUUGGGGCAAGGGGAAGUAAAACUGAGGAAGACGGCAUAUACAAGUGCGACUGUGAAGGCUGUGACCGAAUAUAUGCCACCCGGUCUAACCUCCUCCGACACAUUUUCAAUAAGCACAAUGACAAACAUAAAGCUCAUCUGAUUCGGCCAAGAAGGUUAACACCUGGUCAGGAAAAUAUGUCAAGCAAGGCAAACCAAGAAAAGACAAAGUCUAAACACCGGGGGACAAAAUACAGGUCUGGAAGGGAAGGAAUCAAAAUGCCGAAGACCAAACGGAAGAAGAAACAUAAUUUGGAAAACAAGGCUGCAAAGAUUGUGCAGAUUGAAGAAAAUAAGCCUUAUUCUCUGAAACGUGGAAAGCAUGUAUAUUCUAUAAAGGCUAGAAAUGAUGCCUUAUCUGAGUGUACGAGCAGAUUUGUCACCCAGUAUCCGUGUAUGAUAAAGGGGUGUACAUCAGUUGUUACAAGUGAAAGCAAUAUAAUUAGACAUUAUAAAUGCCAUAAAUUGUCUAAGGCAUUUACAUCACAACACCGCAAUCUUCUCAUUGUCUUCAAACAGUGUUGCAACUCACAAUUAAAGGAAACCUCUGAGCAAGAAGUUGAAAAGAGUGAUGCAAAAGAUCCCGACACAGGUGUAUCAGAGAGCAAUGAUGACUCAAGAACAACUGCAGUUACACAGAAGGAAGUUGAAAAAAAUGAAAAAGAUGAAGUGGAUGAGCUAACAGAAUUAUUUAUUACCAAGUUAAUAAACGAAGACAACACAAGUGUGGAGACCCAAGCUCAGACCUCUUCAAAUGUGAGUAAUGAUUUUCAGGAAGAUAACCCUUGCCAGUCAGAAAAACAGAAAGCAAGUAACUUGAAGAGAGUGAAUAAAGAAAAAAAUGUCUACCAAAAUAAAAAGAGGAAAGUUGAAAAAGCCGAACCCACGCCAGCGCCGACAGUUGAGUUAAGUAGUGUGCAGAAGGAGGAAGAAACUGCUGUUGCAAUUCAAACCACCGAGGAGCAUCCUGCAUCUUUUGACUGGAGUUCAUUUAAACCAAUGGGAUUUGAAGUAUCAUUUCUGAAGUUUCUUGAGGAGUCUGCAGUAAAGCAGAAGAGAAAUACUGACAGAGACCAUACUAAUAGUGGGAAUAAAAAAGGAUCCCAUUCAAAUGCAAGAAGAAAUGUUGACAAGACUGCUGUGACUAGUGGAAAUCAUAUAUGUUCUUGCAAAGAAAGUGAAACCUUUGUACAGUUUGCCAAUCCAUCACAGCUUCAGUGCAGUGGUAAUGUAAAAAUUGUUUUAGACAAGACUCUUAAAGAUUGCACUGAGCUUGUCUUAAAGCAGCUUCAGGAAAUGAAACCUACCGUCAGUCUGAAAAAACUUGAAGUACAUUCAAAUGAUCCAGACAUGUCUGUUAUGAAAGAAAUCAGUAUGGGCAAAGCCACAGGGAGAGGGCAGUACUGAUAACUGAUGUGCUAUAAAUACAUUAUUUACAGUUUUAUUUUAAAUAGGAAGCCAUCAAGCAUGCUAGAAUUGUGAAACUUUUUCGUUAUUUUUUGUUGUUGCUGACAUGAAUUAAUCUGGCCAAAAAAGAAAAGAAAAAAAAAAAACAACAUGACAUUUGUCAUGUAAAACUUUUUUUAUCCCUAUGGGACUUGAGGAACAGAAUCGAUACUUUAGUUACUGUAUAUAAUUGAGCUAAACCUCAAAUUUCUAUCAGCCAGUUGCCCUUUCCAUUUACUAAACCGAAUUAUCUGUAUGAUUGGUAUGUUUCACCUUGGUCACUACUCAUGUGUAACAGUACUCUUUGUAGAUAUGUUUUUUGUAUAUAUUUAUUAUUGUAAAUCAUUUGCUGCCACCAGCAGUGUGUAAGUCUAAACUAUUAAAUGACACAUUUAUAUUUGGAAUUUUAAUUUUUAACUAAGUGAUCAAGUUUUUAAAACUGUUCUUUUAUUGUUUUAAAUUAAGAAUUUUUGAACUAAAACUAGAAACUCUGCCAUAGUUCAUUGAUUUUUACAUAAAACAUUAUUUACAAGGCUAUCUCAAAAAAUUACUUUUCACAAAGUAGGCACGUUAUAUCAACACCUUGCUCUGCUUUGUAAAUUUACCCUCCAGGGUUUUUUGGAUGGUAUUCACGUGAAAUUAAAAUAGAUUCGUUAGCAAUUUCCUAUAGCUACAGUUUUUUUUUCAGUGCUUCUAAUUGGAUAUAGUUACUAUGAUUCCAUGAAAUAUAAUGGAAAUGUGAAUAAAGAAUUUACUACAUCAAAGAUUUUAAACAUUUGGUAUUAAAAAAAAAUCCUUUGUGAAUGUGAUAGAAACUAGUAGUGUGGAGCAGUGUAAAUAUUUGAGGUGGUGAUUUGUGAAGUAGCCCAGUAUUGCCUUAAAUAAAACCACAUUUCAUUUCUUGUUUUAUACAUGUGAUCUUAUAAAGGUUUUUUUUUCCCCCCAUUUUCUGAGAUUUAUAGAUUGGUGUAUAGCUUUAAACUGUAUAAACUUUUGUGGAAAGAUUUUUUUAAACAUUUUUAUAAAUCUUAAAAUUGGUAUCAUCAAAGUGAGCCCAUCUUGUGUUUAUAAAAUGCAAGAGUCCUUAAACAUUUAUAAUUACAUAGAUGAAACACUUUCUAUAAGGAAGUUGGAUGUUUUGAUUUUACUGUUUAUAGAUGUUAGAUUGUACAGAUUUGUCUGUAUUUUCCCACCAUAUCUAAUGAUACUUUUUUCAUUAGAUUGGUCUUCCAGAGCAGUAUUAGUUGUAAUAAUUGAUUAUUUUGGUUAUUCAGUAUAUAGUUAGCUCUUAUAGUUUAGCUUUAUUCACCAUAUUUAUACUGUGGAUUUACGGCCAGAUAUAGAGGUUAUUUCUGGAGAGUUUAUGACCUUCCUUUGAAGUCCAAUUAAAAUCAGUACUGGAAGCAAAAGAAGACAUCCUUUCAAAUUUACUUUUGUUUCUGUUUGCCAUAAAUAGUAGCAUUGAUUUUUGACUUUGUUAUAAACCAGUUGCAUUCACAAUAUUAUUAGCCUGAGAUAUUGAUGAUAUUGUGAUAAGAAAAUGUUUAUAUUCCCUGUGCAACAUCAGACUUGCAGGAAAAAUGAAGCACUUAAUAUUAACUGAAAUUGCUGGUACUCUGAAUAAAUGAGCAUGGUCAAGGAGUGAAUUAUUUUCUUUUGGAAAAUAUUUUUUUAAGUUUUAUUAUUAAAGUAUUAUAGUUUUAUUUUUAGGGCUGAAUGGGUUAUAUUGAGUAGUUGGUUUCACCUCCUUAAGGUUUAUUACCAAUAUGCAUAAAACUUGACACAUUAAAAUCCCUAUCCUUUGGUAAGCCCACUGUUAUUUAUUAAAAUAAAAAUUGUUCUUAUGGGUGAUUAA